AUGCACACCAAAUGUAAAUAGAACAUUCGAACGGGUGCAUUGCAUGAGGCGAGACUGCAGCUGUGCUUUAAUAAUAGUAAGCAAUAAACUACGGCCCACGCCAGUGUAGAAAAUACCUCAAGUCUACCAGAAGAAACGAAUCUUUUCGAAAGUGAAAACGGAAGUGCUUAAUUAAGUGUUUAGGUUUAGAAGGAUAGUGAUUGUAACUGUAUCCAUACAGAGUUCAAAAUGUUAAAACAUUAUAUGUAAAGGCAAAUGACAUGAAAUGAAAUCAUCGCUUGGAUUUUUAAACACAAGGACACUCUAUUACUUGAAAAAUUUGCAAUCUGAAUAAGUGAAAUUUAUUACGUAUAAUACGUAAUUGAUAGUGUGAAAUAAAGAAAUUGAAAAUUAACUGUUGUGAAAGAAUUUUCCUGUGCCACAAAAGGCUCUAACAAAAUGCCUACAAGUGAUUUUAUAAUAAAACAGUUUCUUCUGGAAUUUAUGAUAUUUACAAAUUUGGGAUAUGUUUUUCCCCGAUCUGUACCAAGUCUGAAUCAAAGGCCAACUCCACAAUUUGAGCAUCAUUUUCAAAGUAGUUUGGCAUUGCAUCCAUUCCGUUACGAUCAUUCAAAUCUCCAAGCUUAUCGGCUCCCUGAGCCAGUUGGUACAUUUUAUGACAGCAAACGCGGCAUAUUGCGCUCAUUUCCUGGUGGGGGCGUGCCAGUGUUGGUCGACCAUCACAAGCGUUGUUCCAGCAACUUUGUAGGCAUUAAGCCACAUCCCAAUCAACGGCAAUACUACUACGUUUGCAAGCCCGAUUGUGUGAUAUUUGGCAAAUGUCAAAACCUACAGUCGUUCGAUGCUAUGAAAGCACAAUGCAUUCCAAAUUCGACACCUGACUACAACCCUGUAUGUACAAAGCCUGGCAGCUUCCCCAUUUCAACAGAUUGCACUAUAUACUACAGAUGUGAUGCGCAACUAAAAUCCCGCAUAUACUCGUGUCCACAGAAUACCGUUUUUUCGCCACACAAUGAAAGAUGCAUAUGCGGCGCUCAUUGCAAUCCAACGAAAGUUUCGGCCCACGGUUCGCAUAUACCUCAGGACAGUGAACACAAAUUUCCACCAUGCUUACAAGACGGCACAUUUCGUACGCCAACGGAUUGUGCACUUUACUAUACGUGUGCUAAGCAACAAGGACCGCUCUAUCUGCAAACCCGCUUCAAAUGUCCAGAGCUGGAAUUUUUCGAUCCUGCACAAGGCACUUGUCGACCGCAACAUGAAGUCGCCUGUGAUUCCAUUCAACUAUCUGAACUUGUAUUUCCCAGGCCACCACCAAUGCCAAACCUUCCCGUAAUUUACCCUGCUCAUUAUUCCAUGGACUCUUUGGACGAUAGUGAAUAUCCAACAGAAUAUUCUCUGUCUUGCUCUAAAGAGGAUACAGUCAGUGCCAGCGUUAGCUCAAGCGAAGGGACGUCAUCAGACUCUUCUGCACAAACUACUAAAUCGGCGAAGCGUUCUACUGUAUUGACUACAGUAACAACUGUAAUUCCAAGUGAUUCUAUAAAACCUAAAGAAGUUUCCUUAUUAAAAAUUUCUACAUCUACACUAAAACUUGAUGAUAUAUCCACAUCAACAUUAAAUCCACCUACUCCAAGCUCAUUUCCUACUUCUACCAUCAGUAUAAAAUCCACAAUAAUUGACGAGAAUUCGCACGAUCAGAUGUUCACAUCUGUAAACGUUUCUAAUGAGAGCCUUCCACCUGCAGCUUUUCCCACGACUAAUUCAAUUUCUGCAGGUUCAUCCUCUUCAACAGCUUCAUCAUUAAAUCCAUCUGCAGCGAACUUCGUGACAACUUUGUCCACCGACAUAAUUUCAGGUUCAACCAGCUCACCAACUAAUUUUCUUUCAUUGAAUAUACACACCGGUGAAUCUCAUUUCCCCAUUUCCCCCUCCGCAUUUUCGUCAACAAGUUCGUUCAGAGAUCCCACAUUUAAACCUAUGUUAAAUACAAAUGUCACUACAACAAAUACCAUAUUAGCAUCGACUGCUGAAAUAAAUACAACUCCGGUAGUAUCUACUUCAAUAACUUCUUUGCCAACAACAGGGGAUUUGACGUCAACAACAAGAAAACGCCCUUUUCCAACAACCGCACAACCUAGUUCCCCUUUAAUAAAUAAAGUAGAUAAUAGUUCGCCGAAUGUUCUCUCUUCUUCCGUCGGAAUAAUUAGAACCACAACAAUUCCCACUUUUAGUUCGUCACUGAACACUUCUCUUCCUAUAACAACUUUAUCUCCGCUAGAUUUGACAACAACUGAUCCACCAACCCAUUCAAAUACACCUUUCGUCGAAACCGCCGCACAAACGUCUAGAUCCAUGCCUAUUGAUCCACCAAUGUCAUCUCCAGCAACUUCUAAUCUAAGGGAAGUAACAACUACAAUGUCGCCAAAUACUGAAUCACUAACAAAGGGUUCUUCAGUGACUACUUCUUCGAUAUUAAGUGACUCUCCCUCAAAUGAGACAAAUGAGUCUAAAGUUAAGCCAACUGUUUCGUCUGCAGACUUGACACAAAGUAAACUAAUUUCAGAACAAACACCGGACACUAUUACAAAUACUCUAAGCCAAAAUGAAGUCAGAAGUAUAAGAUCAAGCUUAUUGACCGGAUCAGUUACGGCAGAAGAAAACCAUGCGUUGGAAAAAGCAGUCGAUAUUGAAUACAACUCUAAUGAAUUUGAAAACCUUGGCUACUACGAUGACUAUGAGCUCAUUUCUGAAGAUACUGAAAUUUCAACAACAAAUAAAUCUGCACAAAGUGAUAUAUUGGACGAUAAUAUAAAACCAUUGAAUAUAUCAAGCUUAAUAACAAAUACCGAAAAUGAUAAUAAUACAGCAGUUAAUGGUACAGAGGGAGUGGUGAAUAAUUCACACGACGGCAGAUUUAGUAACGAUGUUAGUUAUUAUGAAGAUAUUGGGGAUUACUUUGAGGAACUGUCUUCAAGUACAGUAUCUGGUCCACGUAUAGAAAUGCUUUCAACGGCGCAAUCAACAAGUUUGAAGUUAAAUAGUACUCCUCUAAGUACACGGUCAGCCAAAAGAGGUGCCCCGAAUUAUAAUUUUCAAAUACACAAUAAGUCCGACAAACAAACAAACGAUAAAUCAGAUAUUACCGAUAUGACCUUUGUCACAACUGCACGAUCGGAUACUGAAGUAUCAAAAUGUGCCAUUCAAAGUAUCGAAAUGUCAACUGAGAUCAGUCCAAAUGAAUAUGAAUUGGGGUCAAAUAGCCAUAUUGCGAUAACCACUCCUUUCUCAGAAUCUGUUUCAAGUAUCAGAACAGAAAGCAACCAUGUUUAUAAAAAUGUAGCACAUUUACAUGCAGAAGACUCGACAGUGGUGGAAAGUUCCACAGAAAGUAAUUUAAGUGAUUUAAAAACGGCUUCGAAUACAACAAGUGGCUAUAUCGCCACAGUGAGUUCGUACGAAGAUUCAGGGGAUAUUCAAACAAAAACUUUAACCAAAGUGCAGACUAAGAAUAUUGAAAAGUUUUCUAAAGGAACGACAAAUGAGAAUUUAACGAAUUCUUCAACUCCAGCAAUAGAUUUCAAUACUUUUACAUUCGCAAGAAAUUUCAUAAAUAAUAUCGACGAAACCUUAGUAAUUGACAACGAGAUCCAAAUUUUGGCUGAAAACUCCACAAAGAUCAAUAAAGGCGAAGAAUCAACGAAUUCGUCAAAAAUCUCUUUUACAGUGAUCGAAAAAGAUGAUAUCGAUAUUCCACAAACAGUACCUAAAUCGUCCACUGAGCCAACUACAUUCAAGGUAGCGAGACAGGCUAUAGACCAAAUAAACAACAGCUUCGAAUUAUCAAAUGAAAAUGAAAUAUUUACGGAAAGCCCAUCAAUAGCGUUGUUUACUGUUAAAUCGGAGAUAGAAGCCGCAAAUAUAACGGAAUCUUCACUAGAAACAACAACUGCGACUGAAGUAUUGUCAACAGAAAAAAUAUACAAUAAACACCAUACACCUAAGGACUUAUUAGAAACUCGUAUGAUAUCAUCAACAGCGCCUACGGUCACGAUAGUAAAUCACACGACUUACUAUGAACAGGAAGCAAAUGCUAAGGUAUUAUUAUCCAGCAGCACGGAGGUAAAUCUAACUGUGCGUGAUUUAAAAAAACCUGAUCCAAUUCCCAACCUAGUAGAUAUUUUGAUACCUCCACACACACAAAAACCGUCCCAAAAAAAUAAAAGAGUUGUAGAAUCUAUUAACUUUGGUAAGAAUUAUACAAAUCAAGAUAAAAGCCAUACAAAUCCACAAUAUUUGAAAAUGGAUCGAUAUCUCAAUUAUGCGACAACCGUAAGCACACCAACUGAAACACCAAAUCCUAAGGAAAUCGUAAUAAACCAUUUCGAAAGUGCCGUCAUCGAUGUGAUGAGCUCUACAGAACCAGAGAAACCUUUCAAUUCUUUUGAAAAAAGUACUGGUCUUAUAAAAAUUAAAGAUCGCUUCCAGAAUAACAACUCAAAUGAAGGAGAUAAUCAAGAAAAUUCCCAAGCACCCAACUCAAAGCCUAAAUCUCUAAGAAACAAUGUUAUUUUCAAGACACGUACGAAUGAUUUACUUUCACAAUCCACUACAACACCAAAUACAAUAAUAACUGUAAAGGAAAAAUAUCAAGAAAACACGACAGUUCGCACAACCUAUUUAGACAUAAAAUUCCAAGAUAAUCUCGUAAAUAUCGAGUCCAACGAUUUACGUAUAGCUCGAAAUGUGCCAAAUACCAAAACUCUACAAGAUACACCUCAAAUAUAUAAAGGGAUAUAUAGAACACAAACACCUGUGUCUAAUUCGAAUUCCGAAACAGUUACAGGAUUUCCAAAUCAUGCUACCGAUAUACCCAAGCUUGAGGUUGUUGUCUUCGGAAACUUGGAUUUGACCGUUCUUUAUUGUCCAAAAGACUGUAGUAAGCAGCAUGAACACAAAUAUGACAAAAAGUUCUUUGGCGAUCAGCAUGUGGUGGGCAUUCAGUGGGAUCCAGCAAAGACUAGAAAAACUAUGAGUAUUCAAACGGUUUAGCAGAAUGGAGAGGAUUGUUGUAAAUAAAUUAGAAGAAUAAGAAAUAACGUUUUAUGUUAACUAAGAAUACAUAUUUGUCAAUCCCUUAAUUAAAAUAAUUGAUAAUUAUAGCUUAAGUUAAGGAAUACGAAUACUUAAAAAAAUGUAUUCAAAUACUUCUUGUAUUAAAUAAAGUAACU